AUGCCAGCUUCCAAUACCGCUCCUUAUCUAGGUAGAGGUUUUCAGGCCAGAGAGGGGGCUUUGGCCACUGGGUUUGGCCAUUCUCUUUACUUUUCGCGGGCACAAUUUCAGAGAAAAACCAUUCUGAGUUAACUAUUCAUUCCUCCAUAGCCAUGGCAGCAAUUGCAAGCUUCAAGUUGUCUUCGAUCCCUUCAUGCAUCCUUCAAUCACCACCAUCAUCAUCAUCAUCAUCAUCUCUGUCGUUUUCUUGGAAGCCAUCAGUUCUGCCAAUGCGAGUUUUCCCAGGAACGCAACGCCGUCCUACAUUCCCCAAGAUAUUUGCGUUUUCUAGCAACGAUAUCAAGGUGGGUAGCAACAUUGAAGUCGAUGGAUCUCCUUGGAAAGUUAUUGAGUUUCUUCAUGUGAAACCUGGUAAAGGAGCUGCCUAUGUGAGAACCACACUGCGAAAUUAUGUGACAGGAAACUCUGUUGAGAAAACUUUUCGUGCUGGAAGUAAGAUUGAGCAGGCUGAUAUAAACAAGGAAACAAAGCAAUACACAUAUAAAGAUGGUUCCCAGUUUGUUUUCAUGGACCUGAAUACAUAUGAGGAAUAUCGUCUUAAUGAGUCAUUUGUUGGAGAUAAGACGAAGUGGUUGAAAGAAGGCAUGGACUGCAAUUUGCUGUUUUGGAAUGGGAAAGUUAUUGAUUUUGAACUCCCCAUCACUGUUAAGUUGACUGUGGUUGAGGUUGAUCCUGGCCUUAAAGGUGACACAGCACAAGGUGGAUCUAAACCUGCAACACUUGAGACAGGCGCCGUUGUUAGUGUUCCACUAUUUGUAGAUAGAGGCCAAGCAAUAAUGGUGGAUACUAGAACCGGGCAAUACAUGAGCCGUGCAUAAUUGCUUAAAGAUUACUUUUUCAUCUGUAGAAGAUCCUCCCAAUCCAUUUGUACUUAUUUCCUACUGGAUGUUUCUUGGUCCAUUUGGAUGCAACAGCGUGCCCAUUCAGACUUGGAUCAUAAACAAGAUACAAUCCUCAACUGUUUUGCCAAGAACAAAAGAAAUUUGUAUUAGUAAGAAAAAUCUCAUUGCAAAUAACUGAUUUUGUAUUAGAAGAAUGGUUUUGUCGUUAUAACUCAUAGCCAUUGAUGUUGAAUUACAAA